CCCAUCUCUCUUUCCUACUAAGCAGGGAAACACAUUCUCUACACCAUGUCUCGCUACGAUUGCUGCUGCAGCGUCCCCACUGGACCCGCCACCACCAUCUGCUCUUCUGACAAGUGCUGCCGAUGCGGAGUCUGCCUCCCCAGCACCUGCCCACACACCACUUGGCUGCUGGAGCCCAUCUGCUGUGACACCUGCCCACCCCCCUGCCACAUCCCUCAGCCCUGUGUGCCCACAUGCUUCCUGCUCAAUUCUGCCCAGCCCAUCCCAAGCCUGGAGAAUCUGGACCUGACCACAUACACCCGGCCCUGCCCCUCUGAUCCCUGCAUCCCUCAGAGCUGCUGAGUGAUGACUAUCUUCGCCCAGAGCCUAACAACACCUCCAAAACGCUUGUCCUGUAUUGACUUGCUUCAGCAGCUACAACUAAUUUCACCAGAUGUUUGAGAUGGGGGCCAGAUGUGGCAGAACCACUUUCAACAUCAAUGCAAAGGAAAUUGUGAAGCCCCGGAUGGUAACCUGGGAAAUGGAGUGACGAAUAUCACAUGUCCUUCCAAGGAUAUUCAACUCUCUCAGACUGAUAUGUUUGAUUCUUUAUUUGGGAUGCUUUGGGGUUUUCAUUUAUGGUCUUUUGUGUCUUCCUAGAGACUAAGGAGUUUCCUUCUGAAUUUCUUAAUAAACUUUUUUCCCCUUCUGGCA